AUGAAGGGCUGUACCCCGAACGCCGAAGUACGUAAAGCUCAACAUAAUUUGACCCUGACCAAAGAAGAGACCCUCGUACGACAUAUCCUUGACCUGGAUUCGCGAGGAUUCCCGCCCCGGAUCAACGACGUACGAGAUAUGGCCGACCUUCUCUGCAAGACGCGUUAUGCGAAGCCUGUUGGCAAGCAGUGGCCAUACAACUUUGUACAACACCGCCCUGAGCUCAAGACGCGUUUUUCGCAUGCGUACGACUUCCAGAGAGCCCUUUGUGAAGAUCCCGACCAGAUAAACGCGUGGUUCCGGCUAGUGAUCAAUAUGCGUACGAAGUAUAGCAUCCAAGAUUGUGACUUCUACAACUUUGAUGAGACAGGCUUUAUAAUGGGAGUCAUCUGCGGCAAUAUGGUAGUCACCUGCGCAGAUCGAUCUGGUUGA